AAAUUCCGUACCAUACACGACGAGAAAAAAGAACACCAAUUCACAGAGGAGAAUAAAAUAAAUGGAGGCGUCUCUUUCGUAGAAGGCAUAAAAUAAGGUAGCGAGCAUGGACUGGCUGAUCGCUGCAGACCCAGAGGAGAGGAUCCUAUCCUAUUCAUAUCGGUCGGUCAGCUCACGCUCGUGCUCGUGCUCGUGCUCGUCGCCGUGUGGACUCGCACACGUCUUUGAAAGAAUCCCUCCUCCCAUGGUCUCUUCUCCGAUCAUGCUCCAUCUGCUCAUCAUAUAAUAAAGACAACACCACACCAUUGUAGCCAGCUUCGGCCGGUCUGCCUACUCUCCAACACCACACCAUUGUAGCAACAAGAAGAAGAAGAAGACAGCCAACACGUACGCCAUUGCUUGUAGGCAGCUCGAUCGCGCGUCGUCGCUGUUGUUGUUGGCGAUUAAUAGCAAUGGAGGAGGAGCCGCAGCCGCAGGUGGAGGUGGAGGUGCCCUGCUACUUCCUGUGCCCCAUCUCGCUGUCCAUCAUGCGGGACCCCGUCACGCUCCCCACCGGCAUCACCUACGACCGCGACGGCAUCGAGCGCUGGCUCCUCACCGCCGCCACCUGCCCGCUCACCAAGCAGCCCGUGCCGGCGGACUGCGACCCCACGCCCAACCACACGCUGCGCCGCCUCAUCCAGUCCUGGUGCGCGCUCCACGCCGCCGACGGCGUCGAUCGAGUCCACACGCCCAAGCCCCGCGCCGACGUCGCAGCGCUGGUCUCGCGGCUCCACGACGCUGCCGCCGCCGGGUCAACGGCGCCGCAGCCACAGCUCCUCGCCGCGCUGCGCGAGCUCAGGGACGUGGCGGCCGAGAGCGACCGCAACCGGAAGCUCGUCGCCGCCGUCCCCGGCGCGGUGGACGUCCUGGCCGCGGUGUUCGCGGCGUCCGCCAACGCCAAGUCGUCGGAAGGCACAGCCGCCGCCGCCGCCGCCGUCCGCGACGAGGCGCUCGAGGUCGUCUCGUCGCUCCAGGUCCCGGAGCAGUGCCUGCGCCGCGUCGCGGAGACCAACGAGGCGCUGGUCUCGGCGCUCGUCUCCGCGCUGCAGCGUUCCAGCGCCGCGUCGAGGGCGCGCGCGGCGCUGCUCCUGGAGCGCGUCACGGCCGCGCUGCCGCCCAGCAGGCUGGCGUCCCUCCCGGAGCAGGUGUUCAGGGAGGCGGUGGAGCUGCUCCGCGACAGGCCGGCCGUCUCCAGGCCCGCCACCAAGGCGGCGCUGCACGUGCUCGUGCGCACGGCGGCGUGGGGACGCAACCGCGUCAAGGCGGUGGACGCCGGCGCGGUGCCCGUGCUCGUCGACAUGCUCUUCGACGACGGGGCGGAGCGCCGCGCGUGCGAGCUCGUCCUGGCGGCGCUGGACCGCCUGUGCGGGUGCGCGGAGGGGCGCGCCGACCUGGUGGCGCACGGCGCGGGAGUGGCGGCCGUGGGCAGGAAGGCGCUGAGGGUGUCGGAGGUGGCCACGGACAAGGCGGUGAGGGUGCUGCGGUCGGUGGCGAGGCACGCGGCGACGGCGGCGGUGGUGCAGGAGAUGGCGCAUGCCGGCGUCGUGGCGACGCUGUGCGUGGUGGCGCAGUCGGAGCAGUACGCCGAGAGGACGAGGGAGCGGGCGCGGGAGACGCUCCGGCUGCAUGCCAGGGCAUGGCGGACCUCGCCGUGCUUGCAUCACCACCUCCAGGCCCUGUACCCUUGCUGAUCGAUCUCCAUGCAAUAUAUGGGGACAUGCAUGCAUCCUCCAUUGCUGCGGUGGUCUUGCAGAGGAAACUCUUGCUGUUUGAUUCAUUCAUCCUUUUUCCGCCUUUUGAAACAAGGAUGAUGUAGUUGUACAAAGAGCAACAGAAUUUAAGGAGAGAAUUUUUUUUUUAUUAUUCCGAGUUUUUCGCUAGCCACAAAUAGAUGAU